AUGGAGGAUUGUCUUUUAAAAUUCAAAGGUGAUUAUCAAUGUGGGAUUCAGAAGAAACUAUUAACCCAAGAUUUCGAAAAUUUCAAAAAAGACUAUCAACGUGGAACUUCAUGGGAUUUAGAGAGGCUAUCGACGCAAAACUUCGUAAGAUUCAGAAGAGGUUAUCGACGCGGAACUUCGUGGGAUUCAAAGAAGACUAUCGACGCGGGACUUCGUGGGAUUCAAAGAAGACUAUCGACGCGGGACUUCAUGGGAUUCAAAGAAGACUAUCGACGCGGGACUUCGUGGGAUUCAAAGAAGACUAUCGACGCGGGACUUCGUGGGAUUCAAAGAAGAUUAUCAACGCCGGACUUCGUGGGAUUCAAAGAAGACUAUCGACGCCGGACUUCGUGGGAUUCAAAGAAGACUAUCGACGCCGGACUUCGUGAAAUUCAAAGAAGACUAUCAACGCCGUAUUUCGUGGGAUUCAAAGAAGAUUAUCAACGUGGGACUUCGUGGGAUUCAAAGAAGAUUAUCAACUCCGAAUUUCGUGGGAUUCAAAGAAGAUUAUCAACAUGGGACUUAAUGGAAUUCAAAGAAGAUUAUCAAUGCGGAACUUAAUAAUAGAUAAUUAAUACGGAAUUUUAUAGGAUUGAAGGAAAGCUAUCAACGCAACUUCGUAUUCAAAAAAAAUCAUCGACGAACUUUGUGUAAUCCAAAAAAAACUGUCAUUGCCGGAUAUCAUUCGGCAAUCGGCAUCCGGGAUUCAAAAGGAAUAUUAAAAAGGACUUAAUGAAAUUCAAAUGUUAGCGAAAUAAAUUUUUAAAAAUAUAAAAAAUUAUUGAAAUUAAAAUUAGAAACAUCUCAAAUUGUGAUAUUGUGAAAUUUAUCAAAUAGAGUUAAUAGAAGUGUGUUACUUAAUUGAAUUUUCUAAAGAAAGAAUCUGCCUAUUUUUGUUUUAUGCAUUCUCAUAUAUAUAAUAUUGCUGUAUUAACAGAUUCAUACACUAUGAUAAUAUGUUCAAUGAAAUUGGCAAACUAUAUGUGAAUGAAAUGGAAAUAAAUAUAUUAAAUAGAA